AUGACUGAUGAGGUUCUUCAUGUUGCAGUACUCUCUUUUUCAGCCUUUGGCCACUUGAUCCCAUUUCUAGAGCUCUCAAAGAUAUUAGCCCAAAAGGGCCACAAGGUCUCCUUCAUAUCCACUCCAAGAAACAUUGAUAGAUUGCCCAAAAUCCCUCCAAAUUUAGCUACUCUGAUCAAUCUAGUGAAGUUUGAGUUGCCCCCUACCCAUGGCCUUCCUGAAAAUGCAGAGGCUACCAUGGACUUGCCAAUAGAGAAAUUACAAUUUCUUACUGCAGCGUAUGAUAAGUUACAUGAGCCCAUUGAGAAUUUUGUAUCGGAGGAGUCACCGGACUGGCUAAUUCACGACCUUUUCGCGCCUUGGGCGCCCUGUCUUGCUGCCAAGUUUGGAAUUCCUAGCUGUUUCUGUAGUGUGUUCACAGCAUCCACGCUCGUUUUCUUCGGGCCGCCGGACGGACUUGUCGGAGCCCAUCAGCGGUUGACUCCUGAGAGCUAUGCAAAGGCUCCAGAAUGGGUGCCCUUCCCGUCAAUUGUAGCUCUGCGAAUGCACGAGGCAGCCAGAGUCAGUCAGUUGGGCAACAAAGUCGAAGCUUCUGGGAUGUCUUCUCACCAACGGUUCGCGAUGACCAUAGAGGGGUGCGAUUUCGUAGCUGUUCGGAGUUGUUAUGAAUUCGAAGGGAAGUAUCUGGAACUACUAAGGGAGCUCUAUGGCAAGCCAGUUUUGCCCUUUGGCCUUGUACCUUCACCUCCAGUUGAAAAACGAGGAGCUGGAGAAGGGGGGAAUGGGAAUGAGUACAGUAGGAUCUUUUCAUGGCUUGAUGAGAAAGCCAAAGGAUCCAUUGUGUUUGUGGGGUUUGGCACUGAGACCAGGCUGAGUAUGGAUGAAGUGCAUGAGAUGGCCUUCGGGCUCGAGCUCUCGGGGUUGCCCUUUGUGUGGCUGCUAAAGAAACCGCAGGAGGGCUGUGAGGGCAUGGAUCUGCUUCCCCAAGGGUUCGAGACGCGAAUCUCAAACCGGGGCGUCGUGCACGUCGGUUGGGCUCCUCAAGCUCAGUUACUGGCACACCCCGCGAUUGGGGGGUGCCUGUUUCACUCGGGGUGGGGUUCUGUGAUAGAGGCCCUACAAUGGGGUCAUACCCUCAUUGUCUUGCCCUUUGUCUUUGAUCAAGGGUUGAAUGCUAAGCUCUUGGUAGAGAAGGGGAUAGCCCUAGAGAUAGAGAGGAACAAGGAUGGUUCUUUCACAAAGGAAGCAGUUGCAAAGGGUCUAAGGCAAGCUAUGGUGGAAGAGGAAGGGGAGCCCCUAAGGGUCAAGGCAAGAGAAGCUGAGGCCAUAUUUGCUGAUAGGGGUCUCCAUGAUAGGUACAUGAAUGACUUUAUCAAGUACCUUCAAGAUCACAGGAGGAAUUGA